GAUUGACUUUUCGUUCGUUCAUCGAGAAUCAACCAAGUUAGCUGUGCUCUAAUAUUUGAGUUGCAUUUGCAGUUUGCAUUGCACAAACCGCUGAAUUUUCACAAGAUUUUCAUAGGUCAAGUCUAAUUCAAGUCCUUGCUGUUGAUUCAAAUUAAUUGCAGUAUAAACUUCCGAAAUGGGCCGCAAAUUCGUUGUUGGAGGAAACUGGAAGAUGAAUGGGGAUAAGAACCAGAUCAAUGAAAUCAUAAACAAUUUGAAGAAGGGGCCAUUAGACCCCAAUGUUGAGGUGGUGUUGGGAAUUCCGGCUAUCUACCUCGCUUACGUCAAAAGCAUUGUACCUGAAAACAUCGGAGUGGCUGCACAGAACUGUUGGAAAGUAGCCAAGGGUGCAUUUACUGGUGAAAUUUCACCGGCUAUGAUCAAAGAUGUUGGUGCUGACUGGGUUAUACUGGGACAUUCAGAAAGGAGGACAAUUUUCGGAGAAAAAGAUGACCUAAUUGCUGAAAAGGUGACCCACGCUUUAGAAAGUGGUCUGAAAGUGAUUGCAUGCAUUGGAGAGACGCUCGAAGAGAGGGAGGGGGGCAAGACUGAAGAGGUGGUGUUCCGGCAGACCAAGGCUCUUGUUCCAGCCAUUGGGGACAAAUGGGCCAAUGUCGUGCUUGCCUAUGAGCCUGUUUGGGCUAUCGGCACUGGCAAGACUGCCAGCCCCCAACAGGCUCAGGAGGUGCACGCUUCCCUGCGCAACUGGAUAUCCAGCAAUGUGUCCCCCGACAUUGCUAGCACGGUGCGCAUCCAGUACGGGGGCUCCGUGACUGGCGCCAAUGCCAAGGAGCUUGCGGCCUGCCCAGACAUCGACGGCUUCCUCGUCGGAGGCGCCAGCCUCAAGCCGGAGUUUGUAGAUAUCGUGAAUGCCACCAAGUAGAAGCUCAACAUCUGGUAUGAGAUGCUGUCGUGGGCCUACAGACAAUACCGCGUUUAAUUGCAACUCGCGAAGUGUCCCAUUUGAAAGGCAAUAGUGGGUAUCGGAACUGCUAAGUGAACGGAAUAACUAAAUUUUUAAUUAUUACAUAGUUAUAAAACCACUUGAGAAUCAAUUUCAAGUUUGUCCCUAAUGAAAUUAUUGGAAAACAAUUUGUCGCACAUUUUCCACUCUAUGUGGAUAUGUGUUGAUUAUAAUCGAUAUAGCUAUUUCGUCGAUAAUUCAUAACAUAUUAUCUGUGUCUAUAUAAACUCAAUUCAAAAUAUCCAUAUAUAAUCACUACUGGACUUAGUAUUAUGAUUAAAGGACACCUUUGCUCUUAGAUAAAGUAUGUGUCAUGUAGGUGAAGUAAGUUACUCAUUACGUAAAAUAAUGUAAUAGAUAUAAAUUUAAAUGUUCUUGUGUAUGCACAAUAAGCGAACGACUAAUAUUUCACUAAGAACAUUUUACUUGACAAUGUUGUUGUUUGAAAAAAAGAAAUAUUUUAUUCCAGUGUUAUUACUAUUUUGAAAUACUUUAUCAGCUCUUACUGCAGCUGUAAUCACUGCCGUAUUGAUAAUACGACAUGUUUGUAUUCCUAUUUUUAACCAUAUUCGGCUCUUUUGCGAUUGUUUUAUCAUAAUGUAUUUUAAUGAUGCUUAAAUAGGUGCUUCUGUUUUUCUUUUGUUUUUACAUUACAUAUUAUCAAACUAUUGUUUAAGGAUAUUAAAAUAAACAACCUUAUUAAA